GUUCAAUUACGUAGGACGUCUACUAUAUUUUUACCUACAUAUGAUGCGAAUGGAGAGCCAGAGUUUUCUUACGACACUGGAACAUCUGAACAAAUGGCAUAUGAUGAUAAAGGAAAGAUUCUCUACGUAUCAGGCUUUGGUGUAUUUCAUGUAUUAGAUGUAUCAAAUGUAACCGAUAUGAUUAUCAAAGAUCGUAGAAUAUAUUAUGACAGUGAUUUAACUGAUAUCGAGUUCUGCGGUGAUUAUAUCUUCUUUGCCUUAGUUAAUGGAACCAAUGAUGCUAGUAGAGAAAAUGGAACUGUAUAUGUUCUCAAGAAAUACAAAGCUAAUAGUUCAGAUUCAUUGAAGGUCAUCCAUAAAAUCCAAGUUGGAAGUCUACCAGAUAUGAUCAAACCAACAAAGGAUUGUAGAACGGUAGUCGUAGCUAUCGAAGCUGAAGCUUAUGGAUCAUCUGAUUCUUUUCAAGAUCCAAAAGGAGGUGUUGGUAUUAUUAGAUUUCCCAAUGGCGUGGAAAAUACGCCUGAAUACAUGGGCCUCGAUUUUACAAAGUUUAACGACAGACAACCAGAAUUAGAAAAGGAAGGAGUAAGAUUUGUUUAUCGAGAAAAUGGUAAUACAUUUGAUCGUGAUAUAGAACCUGAAUACAUCACUUUCAAUAAUGAUGAGACUAAAGCUUAUAUUGCACUGCAGGAGAACAAUGCUAUUGCUAUUGUGGAUUUGGAAAAAUCAGUAAUCGACGAGAUCAAAGGAUUGGGAUAUAAAACAUGGGAUAAAUAUACACUUGACGCUAGUGACAAAGAUGGAGGUAUUAACAUGAACAACUACGACUUUAUACGAUCCUUCUACUUACCGGAUUCCAUCAAAUACCAUCAUUGGAAUGAUGUUGAUAUUAUUGUAACGGCUAAUGAAGGUGAUUCUAAAGACUAUAAAGAUGGGUUUAAUGAAGAACGUCGAGGAAAGAAAUUUGAUGCUGCUGUAUUGUCUGAUAAAAUACCACGAUCUAUCAAAUCAGAUUUAACCAAUGAUAGUAGACUGGGGAGAUUAAAAUUUACUAACGUUGAUGGACGUGACAGUACAGGAAAAUAUGAAAAUUUAUAUUUCUUUGGUGGACGUGGAUUUACUAUUCGCAAAGCUUCUGAUAUGUCUAUAUUGUACGAUAGUGGUGACAUAAUAGAAAAGAAAACAUCAUCCCUCGCUCCAGAAAUCUUUAACUCUGAUACAGAAGGGAAAAAGUCUGUCAAUGAUCAAAUGGACAACCAAUCAGACAGCAAGGGUCCUGAAAGUGAAACGGUGGAAAUUGCUGAGAUCGGUGGUAGAUUGUUUAUAUUUGUGGGCAGUGAAAGGCCAGGGACAAUAGCUGUAUUCUCGGUUGGGGAUAACUUUAAGGACACAAAAUUCGACCAUCUCUAUUUCAACAUAGCUGAAUACGACAAACCUUUAAAAGACUUGUAUAAAGAACGAAAAAUCUCAGAAAUUGAUCCCGAAGAUUUAAAAUUUGUACCAGCUAGAAAGAGUCCAAAUGGAAAAAAUAUAUUAUUUGUAGCUGGAUCAGUAUCAGGUACACUAUCUAUUCUGGAAGUU